UCAAAAGUUACGCAUGCAAGAGGAAGUUGCUCUGGCUUUUGUCAAGACAUUCCAGCUGACACCAGAGGAAGUGUUGAUAAUCAAAGGUUCAUCCAGGGAAGCUCCCAUAACGCAAGAGUUCUUCACUGUGCUUGACAAAACCCAGAAGAUCAGAAACAACACUAAAUUUUUACUACAGACUGGACACCAGAAGACUGCCUUGGAUGUCAUGGAGCAGAUGAAUGUAUGUCGUGAGGCAGGUUUAGAGAGACUAUAUCGCUGGUGCCAGAGUCAGUGCCGUUCCCCUGACCCAUCCCCACUCCUCACCCAGGCAUUGGCAGCACUACAAGAAAGGCCUGUGCUUUUCAAUCUUGUUGUGGAAGAAUGGGUGGUCGUGAGGAGAGGGUGGCUGGUUCGUGGCUUUCUUGAUGCCCUAACCAUUGGAGGUCCAGGAGGAGCUCCAAGGCCAAUUGAACUUCAGGCCCACGACCCCCUAAGAUAUGUGGGAGACAUGCUGGCUUGGGUUCAUCAAGCACUGCCAUCGGAGAGGGAGGCAGCUCAGACCCUCUUUGCUAAGUGCUCUAAUAUUGAAAUAAUGAGAGACGUUGUGGGGGAUCCUCUGGCCUUUUCCAUAUAUGGGACUAAUGCCAAAGUAGAUAACCACAGUGACUCACAGGGCAGCCAUGCAUGCAUAUCUAAUCUCAUGCUGAGAGAUGUUGCUGAACAAACACGAUCUACUGUUGCAAGUAUCUCGGAGAGUGUGUGCCGGCCUCUGAAAACUCGCAUUGAACAGAUGAUUGUCACAGACCAAGGGAGAGAGGGAGGAAAGAAACCUGUGCAACUGUAUAAAAUCAGCAACCUAUUGCGAUUUUAUCAUAAUACUAUUAAACAGGUGACUGAUUCUGGUCUCCUUGUGGCAACUUUAGAUGAACUUCACCAGCUUAGUUACAAGAUGUUUAUAUCUGCUCUGCAAAGUCAGGUCACUCAUUUAAGUGAAAGGAUUGAGCCACCUGGAGAGACCUUGGCUCCAACACCAGGCGUUGCUCGCACCCUGGGCUUGCUUACGGAAGUGGUCACAGCUGCCACAGUGGCAGAUGAUGCCCAGCAGGACUUCAAGCAGAUUGUAAGCUGUGUUGUGGAUCCUCUCGUCAAUGCUGUUAAUGAAAGUGCUGCAGGUCUGGGCACAGUGGAGAGUGCUGUUUACCUCUUGAACUGCUUCCAUCAACUGCACUCUACACUCUCACUACUACACACAACAGGAGAUAAACUGGAAAUGAUUCAGGGUCAGAUUGAUGCCCAGCUUGACACACUGGCACAAGAGCAGAUCAGUGGAGUGUGCCACAGUGUAGGAGUAGCAGGAAUGUAUCCUUUCAUUUCUCAUCCACCGCCAACACCUCUGUCACAGAAUCCUGCUUGUCAGCCGCUUGCCGUCCAGUCUUUCAUGACAAAACUUGAUGGAUAUCUGUCAGCUCCAGAUCAUUUGAUGCUUCCUCACACGCGCCUACUCCUAAGCUCCUCUUUCCGUCGGACAUUGCACCAACGGACGGCAGAAGCCCUGAGCUCCAUUUAUGUCAAACUGCAUUCCCUUGUGCACAAUCCUAUGAAUGGAUACACAGACCCAUCUGCUCUCUUGCCACGAGAUCCCGAAACUGUGAAAAAUUUGUUAUCCUGAGAAUAUUUUUCAGAUAUUUUUCAAUAAUGGAUGUUACCAGAGUUUUGGGCAAGACUUGUAUUUUACUGCACUUGAGUUUUAUGUAUAUAUUAUGCAUGUUAUAAGAAAUUUGUUGUGAAGGUUUGGAUCAAAAUAGAUUGUUAUAUAUCAAUAUAUCUAAGGAUACUGAUAUUGGAAUAUUAUUUUGUUUUAAGAUAUUUAUGUUUGCAGAUAAUUAUGGAAAUAGGGUACAAUAAUUACACAUGUCUCAUAAUAAUGAUAUAUUAAAGGAAUUCUGAUUUUUUACA